CGGCUAUCUCUUCUGCGUACGGGGGGUUGACCAAGCCGGUGCGGGUUUAGAGCUAGGCAACCGAUCUUUUUUUUUCUGGAGUGCUUAUUCUAUAUUGUAAAAAGUCUUCCUCAACACAUAAUCUUUACCUGUAUAUUGUAUAUCGUAUAUAAGGUACAUCAAUAAGAAGAAAAAAAAGGUAGUGCGUCAGAUUGAACUAUCGGCGAUUGGAAUCGGCGAAAAGUCAGAACUUAUUACUAGAUGUUGGAGAGAAUCGUAAAGCCGAUAAAGUGGUUUUACCAUGAAUUCGGCGUCGCGGCCAUCCACGAGGCCGGUCGGAACGCCUACCUGAUCAUCUUGGCGCGGACCUGCCGGAUGUUCGCGUACGGGACCAAUGCCUUGAUUCUAGCUAUCUUCUUCUCCGCCCUGGGGAUAUCAGACCACCAGAUCGGCCUGUUCAUGACGUUUACGCUGGUCGGAGAUGUCGUCCUCGGAACCUUUCUCACGCUUGUCGCGGACCGUCUUGGGAGACGAAAAGUCCUGCUAGGUGGAUCUGUGUUGAUGAUAUGCAGCGGUCUCAUCUUUGCGAUUUUUGAGAAUUUUUGGAUUUUGCUCUUCGCUGCGAUUGUCGGGGUUAUCAGUAUCACUGGCGGCGAUUUUGGUCCGUUUCGAAGUAUAGAAGAGUCUAUACUGUCGCAGCUUACUACUCCUUCGACAAGAGCAGAUGUCUUGUCGUGGCAUGUCACCACGGCGUUAUUUGGGUCCUCGCUAGGAAGCGAACUGUCAGGGAGAGUUCUCCGCUACCUGCAAAGUAAAGAUGGCUGGACUGAGGUCGAUUCAUACCAUGCCCUCUUUUGGAUAUACGCUGUGAUGGGCACGGUUAACCUCGUACUGGUCUUAUGUCUGACUGACGCAUGCGAGCUGCAACCAGAGAAUGAAGCCUACGCACAACUUACACAAGACGAUAGCACAGAUGACAGCGAUGUAAGUACGGGACAUAUUGAGGAACCUUCGGAAGUAUCUCCUGAAUCUACAGCGUCUCGAAAUUGGAUCAUCCGAGCCUUUAGGUGGCUAUCCGAUCGAUUAGCUCAAAUAUCGCCAUCUACUCGAUCGGUUAUGUAUAAGUUAUGGUUUCUACUUGCCGUCGACUCUCUUGCCGACGGGAUGGUGCCGUAUUCUCUCACUAACUAUUACAUGGACGAGAAGUUCCACCCAGCCAAGUCAACGCUUGGCGACAUCACUUCAUUUAGCUAUUUCCUAGGGGCCAUUUCCGCGUCGUUCGCAGGUCCCCUAGCGCGAAAGAUCGGGUUAAUCAACACGAUGGUGUUCACCCAUACGCCAUCUUCAGCGGCAGUGCUGCUCUUCCCUUUCCCGCCGUACCUAUGGCUGACGGCAGGGCUCCUACUCAUCCGUUCGGGGUUGAAUAACAUGGAUCAAGCGCCGCGGGCGGCUUUCAUAGCGGCGGUGGUGAAGCCCGAGGAGCGGACGGCAGUCAUGGGCAUCACGGCCACCGUUAGGACUCUGGCCGCUACCGCGGGGCCCACAGUCACCGGGAUACUGGCUUCGAGCGACCGCUUCUGGAUCGCAUUCAUCGUGGCAGGGAGCUGCCGGUUGUCGUACGACUUCGGACUAUACGCCAUGUUCGUGAACAUGAAACUGCACGCGCACGAGAAGCCGGUCGACCCGCCUAGCCAGCAUGGUCCAAGACGAGUCCCUGACGAAGAGAUGGAGUUGGAGAGUCUUGCCGAUACUGACAGCGGGAGCGAAGAGACGCGCUCUGAGAAGUCUAGGACUGAGACUGAGACCGAGACUAAGACUGCUGCUAGUCUUCGAGUUCCCGAUAGUAGUAACCAGAGAAUUCGAAGCAGGAGUCCACGCCGAGCGGAGAUAUAGCUCCGGUUGAAAGGGAGAAGUUCGGGUUCGCCGAACGUCUGUAUUGUUACCUAACACUUACUGUAUAUGCCACGCAAUCCAUCUGUGGGCUCUGAACACAGUAGGUAUUCUACAUAAAAGGUACAGUUAUACAUAUAAAUCGAAUCUAGGUACUUUCAGGGUGUUCACAUAGCGAGUUUACAGGGUGUAUAGUCUUUAGA